AUGGCUGCGGCUGCUGUUGCCACACCGGGAGCCACCGUGCUCCCUCCCUCGGCGCCCAGCGCUGCUCCAGGGGCCAAGGCUCCACCGGCGGGAGCUGGCAAGGGUCCAGGAAACCUAUUGGAGAUCGCUGGCGAGGCAAACAUCGUCAACUAUAUGAAGAAUCGUCUGCGGAAGGGUGCGAUGAAGCGGAAGGGUCUCGAAAUGGUCAAUGGCCAUCGCUUUGGAGUGAGGUUCUUCAAGAAUCCAACCUACUGCGAGUGCCGCUUCAACAUUCACCAGAAGUGCUGCAAGUUCGUGGUGUUCAAGUGUCCUGGCAAGGACACGGACUUCGAUGCCGACUGCGCCAAGGUGAAGCACGGCUGGAUAUCCACCACCUACACCACACCGACAUUCUGCGACGAGUGCGGACUGCUGCUCCAUGGAGUCGCCCAUCAGGGCGUCAAGUGCGAGAAUUGCAACCUCAAUGUGCAUCACGCCUGCCAGGAGACAGUGCCACCGAUGUGUGGCGCGGACAUCAGCGAGGUGCGGGGUAAGCUGCUGCUCUACGUGGAGCUUAAGGGCAAUAACUUGAAAGUUGAUAUCAAGGAGGCGGCCAACCUCAUUCCCAUGGACACCAACGGGUUCAGCGAUCCCUAUAUCGCAGUGCAAAUGCAUCCGGACCGCUCGGGCCGCACCAAGAAGAAGACCAAGACCAUUCAGAAAAACCUCAAUCCCGUCUUCAACGAGACUUUGACUUUCGAGUUGCAGCCGCAGGAUCGUGACAAGCGUUUGCUGAUCGAGGUCUGGGAUUGGGAUCGCACUUCUCGCAAUGACUUCAUGGGCUCGUUCUCGUUCAGCCUGGAGGAGCUGCAAAAGGAGCCGGUGGAUGGCUGGUACAAGUUCCUCUCGCAAGUGGAGGGUGAACACUAUAAUAUACCCUGUGUAGAUGCCUUUAAUGAUAUAGCUCGUCUACGGGAUGAAGUUAGGCACGAUCGGCGUCCAAAUGAUAAGCGUCGCAUGGACAACAAGGACAUGCCGCAUAACAUGAGCAAACGCGAUAUGAUACGAGCUGCCGACUUCAACUUUGUCAAAGUUAUUGGCAAGGGAUCCUUUGGCAAGGUCCUGCUGGCCGAGCGUCGCGGCACUGAUGAGCUGUAUGCCGUGAAGGUCCUGCGAAAGGACGUCAUCAUCCAAACGGACGACAUGGAGCUGCCCAUGAAUGAGAAGAGAAUUCUGGCCCUAUCCGGACGACCACCCUUCCUCGUCUCCAUGCACUCUUGUUUCCAGACCAUGGACCGAUUAUUCUUCGUAAUGGAGUACUGCAAGGGUGGCGAUCUUAUGUAUCAUAUGCAGCAGUAUGGCAGGUUCAAGGAGUCGGUGGCUAUUUUUUACGCUGUGGAAGUGGCGAUUGCCCUCUUUUUCCUUCACGAGCGUGAUAUUAUCUAUAGAGAUCUGAAGCUGGAUAACAUUUUGCUGGAUGGUGAGGGACACGUAAAGCUGGUGGACUUUGGGUUGAGCAAAGAGGGCGUUACCGAGCGGCAGACUACACGCACUUUUUGUGGCACUCCCAAUUAUAUGGCGCCCGAAAUUGUUAGCUACGAUCCGUACUCCAUCGCCGCUGACUGGUGGUCCUUUGGGGUAUUACUGUUCGAGUUCAUGGCAGGGCAGGCUCCAUUCGAAGGAGAUGAUGAUAACGCCGUCUUUAAGAACAUAAAGGACAAGAAGGCAGUGUUUCCCAAGCAUUUCAGCGUGGAGGCCAUGGACAUAAUAACGAGCUUCCUGACCAAGAAGCCCAACAACAGAUUGGGUGCUGGGCGCUAUGCCAAACAGGAGAUUACCACGCAUCCCUUCUUCCGGAAUGUGGACUGGGAUAAGGCAGAGGCUUGCGAAAUGGAGCCACCCAUUAAACCGAAGAUUAAACAUCGCAAGGAUAUAAGCAACUUUGACGAUGUCUUCACCAAGGAGAAGACGGACCUAACUCCCACGGACAAGCUUUUCAUGAUGAAUCUGGACCAGAACGAUUUUAUCGGAUUCUCCUUCAUGAAUCCCGAGUUCAUAACCAUUAUUUAA